AUCUUAAAGUGAUCGGUUCGGGACUCGAGUAUUCUCGCAUUAACCAAUAAAAUAGGAUACCUUGCAAAUAUGUCACUUAAAUACGUUUUUGUUGCAUCUGCAGUGUUAAUUGCCUUAUGUGGAGCUGAUGUCUCGCACCUGAAGGCGGAUAAAAUAGAUUUGCCAUUCAAUGACUUACUCCCCCCACUAUUGGAAGAAUCCAGUACUUCCACAACGACAACUACAACAACGAGGCCAAAACCAAAGCCCAUUACCACUACAUUGGCCACUAAGCCUACAAAGAAAUCUUACUACCAAAAGCCGGCUCAGGAAAAGGCCAAACCCAUUGUGGCCAAGGAGGAUAUUCAGCAACUCUCCUUGGACUUGCUGCCGCCUUUUGAGGAUGAAAAGCCAGCUGAGGAAAAGACUCCACAAGUGGUGAAGAGUGAGCCCAGUCCUGUAGUGAAACCAACUUCAAAGCCCGUGGUGCAAGCUCCAGCUAAGCCGAUUGUCCCUAUCGCUCCCAAACCAGUGGUGCACAUAACUCCAAAGCCAGUGGUGCAAGCCACUUCCCGGCCCUUGGUACAUGCUACUCCCAGGCCGGUGGUUCAGGUUGCCCCACAGCAGCCUCAGUACUCUGUGCAUCCUGCCCCACAGGUGGUGCUGCCUGUUCACAGUUCUCCAUCCAAUUCCGGAUUCCAGUCCCGAUUCUCCAACUACUUCCUCACAAGCACUGUGCGGCCACGACGCGGUCCUCUGCCCACAAUCACCCCCUUUCCGCACUUCGUCAGGCUGUAGGAAUCCAUAUAAUUAGAUUAGAUAAACAACUAUGCAAAGGCCAAGUCAAAACAUAAAAUAAAUAAGAAACGACACA